CAAAAGGUAAAGAAGUUUCUCUAUUUCUUCUUCUUCGUCCUCCCUUUCUUCUUCUCCUUCUCUCUUCCCACUGAUAGGCACCGAACCAAAGCAACCAAGGACGAAGAGAAACUAUAUAAGAAACCCCCUCAAGAGAGAGAGACGUAGAGGGAGAGAGAGAAAGGUGAAAGCUUUAUUUAUUGUUAUCAAGAUCACUGUAUCAACAACAACCAAUGCCUGCUUUGAAGAACUUGUCCGCCGCCGAUGAAGAGUACGACCAACUGGGUCGGAACUCAGAAGCUGACAGAUUCAAUCCCGAAGCUAACGAGACAGGAGGAGAUCCGGAGAAAAUGGAUGACAAGGACGGAAGUGGAGAUGAGGAAGACGACGUGAAACGUGACCAAGUUGAAGCAGAGGAUGAAGAAGCGUUAGAAGAAGAUUCUAAGGAAAGAAGUAAGUCUUCUUCAGGAGGAGAGCAAUCAGAAUCAGAUUCAGAAUAUGUAGAUAUUGAUCUAGCGGAUAUCCGUAGGGACGUGCAAUGCUCCAUAUGUUUAGGAAUUAUAAGGAAAACAAGGACUGUGAUGGAAUGUCUCCACCGGUUUUGCCAAGAGUGCAUUGAUAAGUCAAUGAGAUUGGGGAACAAUGAGUGUCCUACUUGCAGGAAACAUUGUGCAAGCCGACGUUCUUUAAGAGACGACCCAAACUUUGAUGCUUUUAUAGCAACUUUGUUCAAAGAUAUUGAUAAAUAUGAGGAGGAGGAAUUGGCUUUUAGUCAAGAUGACGAGACUCGUAAUAAGCAGAUUCAAGCAUCUAUAGCUCGGGUAUCACAACGACAGUCUUCAGCCCUUGCAAAAAAAAAGUCUUCUGGUAAAGACGCAGCAGUCUUAUCGAGACCCCGACGUAGUGCUAGUGGCUCCAGAAGAAGAAGGAACUGCAGAAGCAUGGAACAGGAUACAUCAGAAGCCCAUGAUGAUGAUGAUGAUCAAAACAACGGAGGCAAAGAUUCUUCUUCAGAUGAGCCUUGUGCCCCGCAGAGAAAACGGAAAAAGCGCUCAAAAACUCAGCCUUCUUCUUCAGCUGCAAACAACAACGAUAACUGCGCAGGUAAUGGCACAGAGCGGGCGCAUCAUAGGGACAGCAGAGGAAUAUCACCUGGGCUUGUGUGGAAUGCGGAAAUGCUUGCAUGGGGAAGAGGCGGUACACGGAGUAACACGAGACAAGGACAUAAUAACCAGGGAGCUAGUAGUAAGAGGAAUGCUCGCUUGAAUAGACUUGUCGAAUAUCUCGGGAACUUAGAGGGUAACAGUGUCGAGUUGGAUAUACCUCUUAAGCUUAUCUCGCUGGAUGCAACAUGUUUACCAGACUUAGUUCAUCCAUAUCUUCGUUGCCGACCUACUUUGCUAGUAAAACAACUCUGCGAAUAUGUAGCUCGCCAGAUGCAAUUGAAGGCUGAAGAGGUUGAAUUGUUGGUGUCUAAGGAAGGAGAUAAGGCAAUCGGGAAUCAGACCUCAACAGAGAAGAUGCAAAGUCUUAAAGAUGAUGAAACCCUGGCAAUGCUAAAAGUUGAUUGCAUUUCGAACCAUGGAGAUACGAUUGUAGUGUACCGCCAAAAGAAAAUCGGAUAGAAGAGGUUGGAUGGAGCAAGUGUAUAUGAAUGAAUUAGACUGUAUGCUCUUGCUUGUUUUCUCAGUUUCCUUUUUAGCCAUUGUUUCAUAUAUUUUCCCUCAGUUUAAAUAAACUUGAGAAUCAGGAGGAUAUAUAAGACAAUGAUAUGUUAAAGCAAAAAAAAUAAAAUAAGACAAUGAUAUGUACUGUGCUAGUCUGCUACUAUACUAGAAGUACAUAAUAUAUAUUUGGCUGUUU